AUGAGGUGCAUCAACUGCGGAAUAGGCGUACAAAGGCUGCAGAGGCGUCUUAUAUCCUCGCUUUCUGCACACCAUCAAACAAAACUUUCACGUUGGUUAACCAUAGCUCAAACCCAGUUGCCCCUGGGGACAUUCAUUUGUCAACCACGCUUCUUAUUAUUGAAUACUGAGGCUGGUGAACAUGAGAGACUACUGAGACUACUACUGAGAGGGCAUAACAUGGCUUGCCUUGGUUGUGGAAAAUCGGUUCGAAAAAUAAGACACCAUAAUGUCAGUAUGGACUCUCCAUUGCUAGCUGGCCUAAUAUCACAAAAUACUAUUAAUGUGACCCCAGGAAGCAACUAUGUUUGUCAUGUGUGCUGUAUGCGGGCAAAUAGACAGACAGUGCAGGACUUAUCACGAAACUUGCAGGAAUUGGGUUUGGACAACAAUGCAGCAGCCCCUUAUAUUCAAGUGGUUAGCCCACCAGAGCCACCACCAUUACCACCUGUUUUAAGCAGGCCGCUUCAAAUGGAAAGUACUACCAUAUUAUUACCCAAUUAUACAGAACAUAUAUUACAGAAACGUACAUUCCAUACACAAACAUAA